UGUCAUCUCCGUACCCUGUCAUUCCCGGUAAAGAGGACUCCAACAAAAUGGCGCUUAUCGCAGACAUUGCGGCCACAUAUGUUUAGCUUCCGGUUGUAUGGGGCGAGCGCUUAGCGGACGAUAUACAGACGGAGAUGGUGUUCUGUAGAGCCCGCAUCCCUGUCCUGAGCCUGCUCUUGUUGUGUGCACCGGGGCUGUGGGCGGCACAGGGUCAUGAACAAAAUGAUUUAAUGGUUAAAGUCAAGGGUGGAAAGUUCACUAUGGGAACAAAUGCUCCUGACAAUAAAGACGGAGAAGGACCAACCAAACAAGUGACUGUAAAAUCAUUUGCGAUUGACAAAUAUCCUGUCACUAACAAGGAUUUCAGAGAAUUUGUAAGAGCUACAAAAUACAAAUCGGAAGCAGAGAACUUUGGCUGGAGUUUCGUGUUUGAGGAUUUUGUAUCUGAUGAGCUUAAAAAGAAAGUAUCACAGAAGCUGGAGUCAGCACCAUGGUGGCUUCCUAUAGAAAGAGCAUUCUGGCGUCAGCCAACUGGGCCAGGGUCAGGUAUCAAGGAGAAGCUGGACAACCCUGUGCUGCAGGUUAGCUGGAAUGAUGCGCAGGCGUACUGUAAGUGGCUCGGGAAGAGAUUGCCGACAGAGGAGGAAUGGGAAUUUGCAGCCAGAGGGGGACUUAAAGGGAACACCUAUCCGUGGGGGAACACCUUUCAGAAAAAUAGAAGCAAUCUGUGGCAGGGUAAGUUCCCUUCCCUGGAUACUGCUGAGGAUGGUUAUCAUGGUGUAUCACCAGUAGAUGCUUUUCCUGCACAGAAUGCUUAUGGACUAUUUGACAUGUUGGGGAACACUUGGGAAUGGACAUCAACAGAAUAUAUCUCACCGGGGCAGAGCAGCAUACAAAGUAGGCAGAAGAAGUUUGUCCUACGUGGGGCUUCCUGGAUUGAUACAGAGGAUGGCACAGCCAAUCAUAAAGCUCGAGUGACUACCAGAAUGGGCAAUACCCCAGACUCGGCAUCAGAUAACCUCAGCUUUCGCUGUGCCAUUUCUCAGCCUGCAAAACAUGGAAAAGAAGACCUAUGAGUCAAGUGACUAAAUCAUUUAUUUCUGUUCUCUUCUGGAUCGAUCCUGCCUGUUUAAUAAAGAGGCACUCCGGUGGAAAUGUUUUUUUUUUUUAAUCAAUUGGUGCCAGAAAUUUAAACAGAUCCAGUACUUAUUAGCAGCUAUAUGCUGAGGAGGAAAUUCUAUACUAUUUGAAUUUCUUUUUUUUGUCUUGUCCACAGUGCUCUCUGCUGACACCUGAUGCCCGUAAUCAGGAACUGUCCAGAGGAGGAGAAAAUCCUCAUAGCAAACCUAUUCUACUCUGAACAGUUCCUGACACGGACAGAGGUGUCAGCAGAGAGCCCUGUGGACAACACAAAAAAGAAAUUCAAAAAUCAAAGAUUUUCCUCUUUAGCAUAAAGCUGCUAAUAAGUACUGGAAGGAUAAAGAUUUUUUAAUAGAAGUAAUUUACAAAUCUGUUCAACUUUCAGGCACCGGUUCUUUAAAGAAAAAAAAAAAACAAAUAAGGUUUUCCACUGGAGUACCCCUUUAAAGACUCAUUGUAUUUUAUAUGUUCCUUAUGGAACGCAGUUUGAACGCGGUCUUGAGACCUUAUGUAGAUUUUUUUUUAACUAUGUAACUAUAUGAAGGACCAACAACUCUGUAGAUUGAGGAAAUUUAAAGUAGACAGUAUUUUGCAAAUCUCGCACUAUACUUUUUCUUCAAUAUACCAGGGCAAAAUGUCUAUGUGAGAUUUUAUAUUUUUGAGCAUCUACAUCAGUGGUCUCAAACUGUGGCCCUCCAGA